AUGGGAGUGCCUCGUUUCUACCGUUGGCUCUCUGAACGUUAUCCUCUUAUUAAUGAGGUCAUCGAGCCAGAGCAAAUACCAGAGUUUGACUGCUUAUACCUCGAUAUGAAUGGUAUCAUACACCAUUGUUCACAUGGUGACACGCCAGAUGUAGCAAAACCUGAAGAUGAAGUGUGGAUGGAUAUUUUCAAGUACAUUAGUGAUCUGUUCACACACAUAAAGCCUAAGAAACUGCUCUAUAUGGCUGUCGACGGUGUGGCACCGAGGGCUAAGAUGAAUCAACAACGAUCUCGUCGUUUUCGUACCGCGCUGGAUGCAGUAGAAGCUACUGAAAGAGCUGUUAAAAACGGCGAUCAUCCGAAGUCUAUAGAUACGUUCUUCGACAGCAAUUCAAUCACCCCCGGUACAGCCUUCAUGGAAAGGCUCACUGUACAGCUCAGAUUUUUCGCUCAGAAGAUGAUCAGUGAGAACCCUCUAUGGCAGGGAGUAGAAGUGGUCGUCUCUGGCCCUAAUGUACCUGGCGAGGGUGAACAUAAGAUAAUGGAUUACAUUAGAGCAACGAAGUCCCAGCCAGACUACGAUCCUAAUACACGGCACUGUGUGUACGGUCUGGAUGCCGACCUGAUCAUGCUCAGUCUGGCGACACAUGAGCCUUAUGUGGCGUUAUUGCGGGAGGAAGUGAUCUUUGGCCCGGAGAAAACGGACGCUCGAGCGUUGGUCAGACCCGAUCGACUGCAACUACUGCAUAUCUAUGUUUUGAGAGAGUAUCUCGCACUGGAGUUCGGCGAGGAAGAUCUCGAGCGAGUCAUUGAUGAUUUCGUUCUCUUCUGUAUGUUGGUUGGCAACGACUUCCUGCCACAUCUACCCUAUACUGGCGUCGGGGACGGCGGCCUUGAGCGCCUUUUCGGUGCAUAUAAAGAGUACCGCGAGAAGCAGAUAUCUAGUGCUGAUCCAUGGCUGGUCGAGCAUGGGGGUGGUAUCAACUGGGCUAACUUCCUACAGUACCUCACUGUCUACAGCUCUAGCGAAGAGAAAUUCUUAGCGGAUGAGGUGUCCAAAGGUCAUUGGCAAAUCGGAAGUGAGCGAGAGAGAAUAUUAUUUUCUCCAUACCACACCUUUUUCAAUUCAGAGCGCCGUCGUUGUGGAGGUAACGGACGUGGAGGCUCGCAUAUGAGCUAUGAGUAUCAACUUAAGACUGGUUUCGGAUACCCCAAAUCUCCAGAGGAAGCACGGCUUCAGUUCUAUAAAGUGAAGGGUGAAUGUGAUGAUAAGGCGGAGGUAGAUGAACUGGUCAGAGACUAUUUGGAAGGCUUGCAGUGGUCAUAUUCGUAUUAUUACCGCGGGCCUCCAUCCUGGCACUGGUAUUAUCGCCACCAUUAUGCCCCCUUUGUGUGCACUAUGGUCAAUGACUUUGACGAUUUCGUCGCGGCUGGAGGGCAGAUCAAGUUUGAUGGCGGUGGACCGGUAACGCCAUUUCAACAGCUUAUGACUGUGCUUCCUGCCUCGUCGGGUCAGAGGUUGCUACCCAAGAUCUUCGCCAAGCUCUUCACAUCAUCGUCAUCACCGGUGAAGCAAUACUAUCCUGAGCGAUUCGAUAUAGAUAUUGAUGGCGUCAAGGCCCCUUGGGGAGGUACGACAUUGAUUAAUUUCGUUGACGAAGAUGUGCUGUUUGACGCAAUGAAUGCUGCUAUUGCUGAGUCGGAAAGGACGGGGCAGGACGUCUUAACAGAGGCUGAGAAGGAGAGGAAUGUUAAUGGUAAUAGGAAGGGAGUGAGCUCUCUCGGGGGUGCUUAUGUGUAUCGAUAUGAUCCUUCGGUGAAGCCAGUGACGGUCCAGUCUACUGUGCCGAGGUUCUUGCAGGACUUGACAGGGGUUACGGUGGAUGUGAAGCCUUUUCGUCAUCCGUCGCUACCAGAAGGGAUGGAGUACUUCCCUCAUUGGGUGUUGCCACAAUGCGACUUGCAUAAAUACAAGGACAGUUGGCCUUCCCUUCACACUAAGGCGGUGGUGCCUCAAUAUGCAGUGGGAGUGAAGGUGUUUAAUUUCGCCAGUCAACGACAGUCGAUGUUCCUCACUGUGGAGGAGUCCUACGACGAACUGAUGGUCACAUGCAAAGAAAUGAUGGAGGCUUAUACUGUUCAGGAAGCUCUGAUGAAGUUCUUUCCGACGCUGCAUGGGCGGUUCUGA